AUGACAACAAGGACAAUUCACGCUUACGGGCAGAAUCGUUUGUCCAACAUGCGUAAAUGUUCUAUUGUUGGAUGUAAAAGUAGAGAAAAUAAUAAAAAAGUAACACUAUUCAAAGUGAAUAGUUAUAAUAAAAUAGCUUGGGAAUCAGUAGUAAAUAAUGCUAUUAACAGCCAGUUCAAGUCCUUAAAAUAUAUUUGUUCUGAGCAUUUUUUACCUGGUGAUAUAAUCACUGAUUAUUCAAUCCCAUUUGAUGUUGCUAAUAGGUUUGUUAAAAGGCAAAUAUAUGAAUUAAAAAAAGGAGCUAUACCAUCUGUAUUUAAACAAAUAAAUAUAUGCAAACCUUCACUAAUAACUGAGUCAUUUAGAAAAGAACUUUUUCCAAUAAAAAAUGUCACUUUAAAAAGAAAUAUUGAUUUUGUUAAUCCUACAGUAACAAAUGUACCAAGCAAACAAAUUUGUUUAGCAGAUUUACAAAAAUCAGUGUUUUUUAAUGAAUUAAUUAAUUCAUUGAAUUUACCAAUUGGAUGGUCAACUUAUAUAGAUAGACAAAUUGUAAUAUUGUAUAAGCCUAUUUAUAAAGUCAAUCAACUUGUCAUCGAAAAACAAAUAGUCAUCAAUGAUGAAAUGAGUGUAAACUUUUAUGUUUAUAAUGUUUUAAUAGAGCCUGCAAGCUUAGGAUUGAUUUCACUAACUUACCCAAUAAACACCAAGAACUUAUCUGAAGUAAUUGGUUCAUUUAAUUACAAACAAGUUUGUCAAGGUGGACUUAUGGCAAUACAUUUUCCCGGAAUAUCUAUUCCAACAGCAACAAAUAAUAAUGGGAUUUGGCGUCAUAAGAAGUGCUCUUUAUUAUUAAAUAGAAAAAAAAGAUGCCUAAAUUGUGACUAUUUAUUUCCAAUAUUUAAAAAAUAUAAGAAAAGAUCAAUGUUGAUAAAUUCAAAACGAAUUGGACCAACAUUAACUCCUACUCAGGUACAUAAAAAUGAUUUAGAAAGAGAUUCUAUUGCUCCAUCGAGGGUGUGUCCAAAAAUUACUCACAGACAUUUGGCACCGGACAGUUUUAGUAAGAUGAAUGUAAAAUUAGCUACGCAGAUUUUCAGUAAUUCUAUGGCUAAAGAAAUUGAAUAUUACCGUUGCCAUGCAAAAAUCAAGUCAUUAGAAAACAGUGAACAUGCACAAAUAUUCAUAGAACGAAUGAACAGUCUGUUUGAUGCAUUAAACCGAAGGCAUCCAGCGGAAGGCAUUAAACAUAAUAGUCAAGACUUUGAUGUAAGUAAAACAAUAUAA